AAAAAUAGCAUCGUCUGCAGCGGGCUUUACUCAGGCUGUCCCCGUUCCUGGGCGCACUUCACGGCGUAGAAACGAGUUUACGUGACUCGUCGCACGAGCGAUCGCAGCGACACCGUCGCGAAUGAGACGCGCCUGACGAUUGGCUGCCCCGAGAGCGGCCGACCGCACGCACGACGACGGCGUCCAGUGGGAAGCGUCGUCACGUCCGCGCCUACGUUCCGUCGACAGAUGGGCACCGAGGUAUGCGCGACGGCCAUUUUGCGUAGAGAUUCUGGUCGCGUAAGCAUUAGUAGUGUAGUGCAACGCGCGUGAGAUUUUCCGAGGAUCCCGCGGAGGAUACGAGCGUCCGCCGUACGGGUCGGGCCUGCUUGCGUCACGCGAUGCGCUGAGCAAAGUCUGAUUAUACCAGAAUACUCCGUUAGGAUCUGUCGCGUUCGUCCGUUCGCAGCAGCACCAUGUUUGCGUCAAAGUCCCAAGAAGUCGCAGAGGAGUACAUCUCGUCUCUGUCCGACCUUACGAUCAACAGUAAGCCGCUUAUCAACAUGCUCACCAUGCUGGCCGAAGAUAACAUCGAACACGCGCCGGCGAUAGUGCAAGCCGUCGAGAAUCAUCUGCAAAAGGUGGGAAGUGACAUCAAAUUACCGGUACUCUAUCUCAUCGACUCGAUUGUCAAGAAUGUGAAUGGCGACUAUCUGAAUCUCUUCACGCAAAACAUAGUAAACACAUUCUGCGGGGUGUUUGAGAAGGUUGAUGAGAACACGAGAGCCAGUAUGUGGAAGUUGCGGCAAACGUGGAGUGACGUAUUUACACCGCAAAAAUUGUUUUCGUUAGACGUACGGGUGCAAAGUAUCGAUCCUGCAUGGCCAAUCACUGCCCCAUCCGCUAACAUCCCUUCAGGAUCUAUACAUGUUAACCCGAGAUUUCUCUCGAUGCCUCAACAAGCCGCGACGUCAAUUGUUCCGCCUGUUAAAAUGCCACCAGGAGAACCGGUAACGACAACGGAAGCAGUCAUGCGAGAACAGCUGCUGAAGAAGCAACGAGAAUUAUUAGAAUUGCAAAAGAAGAAAAUCGAGUUGGAACUACUGCAGGCUAAGGCGAGUUUAGAGCAACAACAGAGGCAGCUUGACAAACAAGCUGGAAGCUUGAAGACAGAAGUGGUUGUGUCCAUUGCACAGGUGCCAACUACGGAGACAACAACGCAGGUGAAAUCUGUAGCUAUAGUGCCAAAUCAAACUUCAAAGCAAGUAGCAAAACAAUUCCCAGCAGCGACAGCGUCGCUUUUAAAGAAUGCAGGAGCAAGCAGUGGUCCACGAAUCGCACCAGCUAGUAGUAUAGCAGUAGCGUCUGCUAAGCCAGUCUCGCGAGAUCCACGUUUGAAGCCCAUUCCUGCUGUUCAGGAUGUGGUAGUGCCAACAAGUCCACGACAACGAACGGGUACGACCAGUCCGAAAGAAGUGCGGAGUGAAGGUCAAACGCAGCAAGUGGCAGCACAUACAAUUGUAACAGCAAAUCUAUUAAAACAGCAGAUACUUUCGAAAUCGGCUGUAACUACCAACAAGCCUCCGGCGAAUCCUGCCGGAUCCGAUAAUCCGACGUUAUUAAACGUUAUUAAUAACAAUAAUGCUGAUAAUAAUAGCAAUAAUAAAAAUUUCAGUAGUAAUACAAAUAAAGAUGCUGUCUCGCAUCGAACAAGUCAAAAGAAAGACCCUCGAUUAAAUAGUAAUAGUAGUGGUAACCUAAACAGUAACAACUCCAAGAACAGCCAGAAUUUAUCGGUUUGCAGUAAUAACUCAUCUUCAGUAUUAUCAACGGGCAAUCGAGGAAGUGGAGGCAGUGACGUCAACAAGUCGAAAGACUCGAAGAGCUCAAACUCGCGCGGCUCUUCCUCGUCUUUGGCUGACAAGUCUUCCACUUCCUCCAAGUCUUCGCAUAGGAAAUUAGGUAAUAAGUCGCGAUCUAAACAGCCUCAGAUAUGUCAGAGUAAGAUUCCGAAAGUCGACAGAGACUCGAGUCCGAUUAGGUCAAAAUCUCGUGAGAAAGACAGCGGAGACAGUUCACCGUCCUCACGUACCUCUCCACAAUCCUUCCAACCCUCUAAAAGCCGCAAGAAGAACACGAAAUCGAGAAAGCGUAGUCCAAGUCCUCCGUAUAGAAUCCCCAGGCGUAACGACGCGAAAUCGAGCUCGAGCUUGAACAAUUCCGGUGGUGUCACUGAGGAGGAGCAAUCUGGUUCGCUGAUAGUAUCUCCUCCUCAUCCACCUGCAUUCAAAGAGAUCAGGCCGAACGCUAGACAGAGAAAUUAUGUAAGACGAAAUAAAGACGACAGUCUUAGUCCGGAACGUUCUCCAGCCAGUGCUGGAAAUACUCAAAUCGCUGCCGAGCCAACAUUGGAAUCUUCUAGCAAAGACGAAGAUCUCAGGGCGCCGCUCUCUCUACCCGGAGCCGCUGUUUCCAUACCCGAAAAGAAAGAAGAUUUAGAUCUACGAGUAUUACCAUCUGUUAACACUAACAAAAGACGCAGUGAGGAACAUGUAGAAGCGAAUCCGCCGAAGAAAACCAAGGCUGAGAAAUUUGACGCACUAUUCGGUAACGAAGACGUGGAUUUGCGCACUUUGACGCAUCCUAAAGCCGGCCGGCCUCCGACACCUCCACCGCCCGUGAUUUCCGGGGAGGAUGGAAAAGAUAGUUGGGCAAAGUUAAAGACGCCCACGAAGAACGACAGAGAUAAGCAAGUUAACAACACCGACGACAAGCGCGAGAGGGACCGUAAUAGGGACAGAUUAGGACGUCUCAGGUUCUAUAACAAGCUCCCGGAUGACCCUAAAGAGAGAAGAAGAACGUUAUCGAACGAGGAACAGGACGCCAGGCCGGGGCGCAGAGGCCGGGAGAAUGACAAGCCCGAGAGAAAUGACGAUAGAAAUAUUGAGAUUAUAAUGAAGCAAGCCGCCGAACAGCUGAAUCAGGGAUCGAUCACGAAGACGCAGUACAACACCUUGAUACAAGAGGUAUUGCACAUGAGCGAGGACCGGAAAUUGCGAGCGGCGCAGCGUAAAGAAAAGGAGGCUGGCACUGUGAUAUGGGAGAAGGGUAUAAACAUGGACAUAUCCGGUCCAGGGGAUCGCGCCACGACAUUCAGCCCGUCUAACGAUAAGGAGAUGAUGCGAGGCAAGGAGCACCCGAUACCGCGAAACCCGAACGGCCCGAGGUGGCAGAAUCAGCCGUGGCAACAACCGUGGGCGCAUCCGCCGGGGCCGCCGUACGGGCCGCAAGGACACUUCAACUCGGACAUGAGGCCCGUCGGCCCUUGGCAGAAUCCGCGACACUUUGGGCCGAUGCGACCAGAUUAUCAGUAUCACAGCGGUUUCAAUCACAACAUGGGACCCAACCCGCGUUUAGGACCCGGCAUGAUGGGUCCGAUGGGUCCGAACGGGCCGAUCAUGUCGAAUCUUUUGUCGAACGGCCCAAUGGGACCAAUGGGACCUAUACCAAACUCUCCUUUGGCGAUGGGAUGUCAUCCCGCGAUGAUGAUGAACAACGGACCAAUGUCUAAUCUUAUGGCAAACAUGCCACCUCUGGCGUCUGGUAGAAAUGUAUCGCCGAACACGUCCGCCAAGUACGAUCUCGAGGAUAACGAUGGUUACGGUAACUCUAUGUUGAAGAACCCGCACAGCCGCGAGUUACCGCCGCCGGAUUCGAAACUGUUGACCGAGAUAGCGAGAGACACUAUGAAAUCCAUAAAUAUCGACAAUAUACCGCGGGAGAUUCGUUAUUACGGGCAAACCGGCGUGGUGUUCAUGAACUGGGACGAUCCGCGGGAGAUCGGCUUCCAGGACGGCAUAAGAAGAAUAUUGAUUGACGAGAAAGAUACUAUAACUUGCGCAUUUAACGAUCCAUACAAGGAAUUUAUAUAUGACGGAGAAGUACACAGAAUCAAACUCGGUGCGCCCACUCGAGAAUUGUAUGUCGACGAUUGCUGGUACGAGUGUUACUUUGGUGGCAUGCCGAUAACAAUCGAGCUCAGCGGGAAGAAGGUCAGCGUGAAAUUAGAGGGUCCACCGCCGCAAGUCAAGAUCGGCACCGUGAAGCGAACGGAUCUCGUGGUCGCGAAAAUUAAUCUUAUUAUUAACGCGAGAAAUAUGGUGCCGGUGUUUCUGGACGCGAAACCGCAGAUAUUCGAAAUCGAGGGAAAGCCUCAUACUUUGGAAUUUACGGAUGCACUGCAGACAGUUCUCCUAAACGGACGACCGUUUAAAGUCGAAUUUGGGGGUUUACCUAAACCUAUUAUUGUCAGAGACAAGAAGCAUUUCAUUAGAUUCUCGGUAUUGCCUAGAGGAGUACGAGCGGGUCAUGUGAAAAUUGCUGGAAUGAGAGGUGAAGGUCCGAUUGAAUCGCCACCGCCGUCGACGCCACUGAGAGCUCAGAAACCGAAGGUAGACGCUGCUCCUGCUCCGAGCCAAUUGCCCACUUUAGAACACGAAUCCAUGUCGCAAGACGAUCUAGAUUUUACUUCUACUUCAAAGCCAGACCUGCAACUAGAUAUCUUGUCGUCAGUUUUACCAUCAGCGAUGGCUCCGUCGUCCGGCUUGUCGUAUCAAGCCGAGCCCGUAGAAAAUCCGCCCGCACCAGCACCAACAUUGCCAUUGAACAUGAGCGAAUUGUUCCAAAGAUUGGUCGAGACUGGUAUCGUUCCCAAUCUCACAGAACAGAAGAAGCAGGAGGAAGAAGAGAAGAAAGAUUCCGAGAUUACUCCAGUUUCCUUUGAUAAACCGGAAACUCUUAAGAUCAAGCAGCCAGCGAUUGCAACAGCGUUGUACAGUGGCAUGCAAUGCAGUUCUUGCGGCGCCAGAUUCGCGCCUGAACUGGCUACUCGGUACAGUCACCAUCUGGAUUGGCACUUUAGGCAGAACAGGCGUGAACGAGACUCCGCGAGAAAAGCGCAUUCCCGACCAUGGUAUUACGAUGUCAGCGACUGGAUACAGUUUGAAGAGAUUGAAGAUCUGGAGGAUAGAGCUCAAAGUUGGUUCGAGACUGAAAAACAGACUGCGGAAACGGAAGGUAUGGCUACCGAUGACUCGCCUCAGGAAACGUUGCAGCCCAGCGUGCCGACUGGCAGCGACGAGGAUUCGCGAUGCCAAGUAUGCCAUGACGCAUUUGAGCAGUUCUAUAAUGAGGAAAAGGAGGAGUGGCAUUUGAGACCGGCGGUGAAUUACGAGGGCAAGAAUUAUCAUCCGCUCUGUCUAGAGGAUUACAAGGAAAAGAGUCUAGCGAAAGAGGAAGUGGUCGAGAAAGAGGAAGCGAUCGACAAAGAGGAAGCGAUCGAGAAGGAGGAAGAGAUCGAGAAAGAGGAAGAGGAAGAGAUCGAGAAAGAGGAAGAGGAAGAGGAAGAGAUCGAGAAAGAGAAAGAGAUUGAGAAAGAGAUCGAGAAAGAGGAAGUGAUCCAGAAAGAGGAAGAAAUCGAGAAAGAGGCGUCUGUGAUAGACAAAGAAGAGGAAUCUCCGGGCGAAGAGGAAAUUAUACCUUUUGAGAAUAUUAAAAUUAAAGAGGAGCCACUUGACGUGGAUGAGCAGCCCGACAGCGAGAUGUUCGAUUUCAGCAACGUGGAAGUCAAAGAGGAGCCUAUGGAACUUGAACCAGAUCCCGAACAAAUUGUGAACGAGUCAGCCACAGUGGACACAACGUAUGCCGCAGUGAAGAGCUCCAUCGACGGUAACGUGGAAUUGGACUCGACACCGGCGGCUAUUCCCGCGGCUCCAUCGCGAAUUAAGAUCAAUAUUACUAAACCGCUAAACAUUAACAAAGAGCCGGAGGAAAAUAAAGAAAAGGAAAAGGUCGCGGCUGAGACGCCUGUAGAGGAAAACGCGGAACAGCCAUUAGUGGCAGCUUCCAUUAAACCGAGUUUACAGGGUAGGAAGCUAUCGAAUUUACCUCCUGUAGAAAAAGGGCAGGAAUUAUCAGGACUUUGUGUUAUUAUGUAAAUAGCGUGUACAAAGUUUUUAGUGACCAACUCUCUAUGCGUCGCAAGUGUAUAAAGUGCUAGAUUUACGUUUAGAUAGAAUACUAUUUCUAGCUUUACACCUUGUACAUUAUAAUUUUGUACAGCUUGUACGGCGUGAUAAUGUGACUCUUGUAAAAAAUAUCCCAUAGAAAAAGCUUUUAGGGUAUUUAUCUCUUCUCAAUUUAGAUAAAUUUACAUAAAUUUAAAUCUUACAUACACAGUUUAUUCGAAUGCACCAACUGAUUACUUUAUACUCUCGCCAGUCACGUCGUACAAGUUUAAAGGAAAAAAUGUGUGAAAUGCGUGCAAGAGUGAAUAUAUUCCAAGUAUUAACAUCUUGAUCAACGCGAAAGAGAGAGAGGAAAGUGAGAGUGAGAAAGAAAACAGAGCUGUACAUAUUUUACGUAUUUAGGAAGACGUGUAGUUAGCAUUCCUGCGCGAGUGAAUGUUUUUAGCGAUAAUGCUUUUGUGAUCAAAAGAACCAUCACGAAUUUACCGACGAUUGACACUCGCUGAAAACUUAAGUACCACUUGUACUUGUUUGAGUUUAAUGAUGCUUUAAGCUCAUUGGAAAUUUCAAGUACGGUUUAUACGCUUGCGUGCGUUUUACGGUAAUGUGCACUCACCUGCAACGCCGAGUACUUGUACUCGUGUAAAAUGCUGCAGACCCUUCGAGAUGAGCGAUCUCAUCGAGGGAAUAGGAGGCUGAGUCAUUUCAAGGUGUACAAAUUGUGAUAUACAUGGAUUAAUCUACUUGUAAUAUACAUGCAAACCAACACGCAACGGAAAAACAAUGACGACUAUAAGAAAGAUGACGAGGACUACCGCAAUUAGAUAUACAUUAUUUUGUUGUAUAAAAGACUUGUUUAUUACAGGUUUGACUUUCUUUUUAAUUAACCUUUCUACUAUAUCCUUAAUAAUUAUAGCUUGGAAAACUACUUAGGGUACGGAUUUCGAUUCAUAACUAGGAAUACUUGAAACAAUAAAGAUAUUGAUAAAAAGUUAACAUUUUCGUUGUAUGUCUCAAUAUUCAAUAAACUGCAUUCAAAAUGGAAA